AUGAGAUACAGAAAACGGGGAAAAUUCCGCGAUGCGAUUUUCUCGAAAUUUACAGAGUACCAUGAACGAAAACGUGCCAGAAAGAUUGAAGCAUCAUUGGCUGCAACCAGCAACAACUUGCCAGACUAUGGAAGUUGUGCGGCCGCGAGAGCGACAAAUGUCAAGCAAACGAAUGACAAUGAUCAACUGAGAACCAGUGAAUUGUCAAGCAGACAAGAAGUGUUCGAUAUCGAUGAAUCGAAACGAAAACGAACGAAUUUGAUCGACGAGAGACAUUUUCAUUUGAUGUUUCAGUGUGAUCCCUCGCAAUUACCCGACGAACAAUUGACGUUCUCGAAUACGUCGUCCCCCGAACGAACGCAACCAGAUCAGCAACAGCCAUCUUAUGGCAUUCAACAGUCUGAUCAAUCCCAAAUGCCAUCCGAAUAUCAUCCAACAACAUCUCCACUUCAACAAUUCACCCACCAACAACAACCGUCCACAUCGCAUUCGCAAAAGGCGAAUAAUCAAGAAACUAUUAAUCGCUAUCAUCCGAUAACAGUGGUAGUUGCAUCUGGUUCAUUUGAUUCAACACUGGCAAACGAUCAGCCAGAGCCAGCUCUGAGUCAUAUCAACCAAAUGGAUUAUGAUAAUCGAAAUGAUCUAGAGGAUAUACCAGAAAGACCGAUCUCAAGGCGUGGCAGUUAUAGUCGCGAUGAUGUGCUCGACACGAUGAUAAAACCCGCUCCAGCACUACUCAGUGAACUAGCUGCUAUUGAGACACACCAAGUGCAACGCUCUAGAACUGCGCAUAAAUUUGGGCAUUGGUCAUCGAGCGAAAGUGAUGAGGAGAUGCAACCUGAAGGAUAUCAUAAAUUAUCCGAACCUGACGACGAAUUAGAUCGAGACGAGAAAGACGUGGAAAGAGCAUUCAACCCAUCGGAUAUCGCUAAAAGAUCGUCAUCGUUCGGUGGCAGUUCUGCUGAAUCAGAGAGUGCCAAUGAUAAUCGUAUGCAUAACGAGGAGAAUUUCGAGGAACGAUUUGAAGAUGAUGCGGAAGGAGAGGAUGGAUCAGUUUUAGCAUAUAAACUUCUUAAUGAAUCACACUUCUCAAUUGCAAAACUGUCUGAAUCUCAAUCGGAAUCUGAACCGCAAUCUCAACCGUCACAAAACACAUCAACUUCGAGUGCUUUCAUUGUCUAA